AGCUACGCCUAGGCCUAGCCGAGAAGAGUAGGACUUCCGAGCGCGCCGAGAGCGGCGAAGGAGAGUCCUUCGAUUAUCCGGGCCAGAGGAAGCGAAAGAGCAAAGGUUAUUUUCUGGUACGCGAUAGAACGUCGCUGGGGUAUUGGCGAACCGACUGACGCAUGCGUCGCGUCGACGCUUCAUGGGCUCGGUGAAAUUUUGGAAUCUUGUCAACAAAACAGCACCACUGCGUCUUCGAGUCAUACACCGAUUUCUGCUCCUUCGGUAUCGGGUCGCGGCGGUGCUCUCAUUCGACUAGUUCAGAAGAUUCUUCAUUGCUCCGGGAGUAUUCGAUUACGAACAGGGGAUGGACGUUCUGUCAAAAAAGUAAUCGAGAAGCUACCCGCAGGUAUUGUGCGUAUCGAAAUGGAGAUAGAAGCUGAAUGCGAGACCGAUCCUACGAUCACUACGACGCUUGCUGAAAGCAUUGGCUUCCAACGCAUCGAUAUCACGUUGGAUCACCCUCAAAAGGUCUAUUACAGCGGACAUCAGAUCUCAGGGACCGUUCACUUACACGUGAACGAGCCAGUACACGUUUUAGGGAUUAGAUUUAAGUGCAAAGGAGAGGCUCAGGUGUAUUUCACCGAUCGAUCGGCUGGCAUCCGACGCAAGUUUUCGGCGUUCGAGAAUUAUCUCCACUCGGAAACGUUCCUGGCAGGCGAUGGUAAAGAAAAGUGUAUGAUAACCGGCGGCGACUACCCGUUCAGCUUAACGCUUCCAGAGAACUUGCCUUGUAGCUUCGAGGGCCGAUACGGACGAGUACGGUACUCGAUUAGGGCAUUGUUGGACGUAACGACCAUUUAUCGGUUUUCCACCAAUAUUAUUCCAUUCACGGUGGCUCCUAUUCUUGACCUUAAUCGAGAUCCCCUCGCUCCCUUGCCCAUACACGUACAACAAUCGAAGGUUUACAUGGGUCAGGCGGAACCUUUGAAUUUGUCCAUGUCCCUGCCGGUUCAUGGUUACGUACCUGGCCAAACCAUACCGAUCAAAAUAGUCAUGACCAACUCGUCCACGAUCGCGGUUAAGAAACUCAGAAUCGUUUUCAAAAAAGUGGUGACUUAUCACUCGUCGGAAAAGUCACGUAAGCACAAAGAAAUCGUAGUAGAAGUAGAUCAGCCGAUUAAUAAUGACUCCGACACGUACGACGUCCCGUUUGACGUUCCUGCAGUACCACCCACAGGGAUGAUCCACUGCAACAUCAUCGACGUUCUGUACACACUCAAAGUCGAGGCGUGCAUAGACGUGAGCGAGUGGUACUACAGAAUGUUUCAGAAGAACAUGAAACUGCGAACAAACAUAGUGGUAGGUACAGUGCCACUUCAAAAUUACGAGUCCCCGCAAAAAACGGCCGACGCGGCGGCGGCGGAAGCUUUUUCAUACGGGCCGGCGUGUAUCGCGGGCUCCGAAGAAUACAGCAACGAGGACGCGUGGAAAAACUCGGCGAAAAUGAGAACUGCAGGACCGUGUUUGUCCUCGCCGCAGUACGAGAAAAGUCAAAUAUAUCGAUCCUCGAAACCGGACAGGGACGAUCCCACGGGAGACGAAGGUGACAGCGACGGAGAGGUCAAGCCGUACUCGCCCAUGUAUCGCGUGUACAAGUUCGACUCGUCGAGGAGGAAGACACCGGCUUAGAUACGAGCGCGAGCUCCACUACGCGUAAUUAGAGGCCCUGCUUAAUUAUUCGUUGAAGGAUUCGACGUUCGUUAGCGAAGUUCGCGACGGAUGGAAAGACAAGAAAGCGACGUGAAGAAUCGUAACUUUAAAGGAAUUUGAUACAAUUCACGCAGGCGUGUAUCUCGCCGAUCGACCGGGUUACCUUCGAUUCCUGCCUUUCGUCGGAUUCCAAUUUUUUUACGCGGAGGAAGGAUCGUUAGAGCGAAAGAAGCACCGCGCGAGAUAUUGAAAUCCGUUGGGACCAACCCGUGCAGCUAAUUAAAUUUCGUAAUUACGCGAACAACUCGGGGAAAGUUAUUCUAUAAUAUAAUAUUUGUUCGGGCCGCGAAAUCUCUGAUGCCGAGGCGAAGUUCGCAAAGCGACUAACAACAUACAUUGUUUUAAUGUUCAAUAAAAAUGUUCUUGCCGAGUUCUGCUCAAAACUUC